CGAUCUUCACAUGCGAGCCACUUUCGUUGCUCUCAAACACAACAACAACAUCCACCAUCGCUAGCAGUGCCGCGACCACAAUCAUGGCUCCUAACAGGAAGAAGUCGCGCCAACAACAGCAACCCGCCAUAGCAAGCGACUACGAAUCAGACACGGCUGCCUUCACCGACACCCAGCCCUUCAUUCCCGCUCCACCGCUUCGAACAAACGAUGAACUCAACCUCCUGGUCCUCCGACGAUGGCAGCCAGAAAUCACCAGUAUCCUCACAAUCGCUCCGUUCGCAGUCCUCUAUAUCUUCAACCCCAACCUCGAGACUCCCACCUGGGAGAAAUGCGAAGUGCAAGGUUCACUAUUCCUCUGCUCACUCACGAAAUCACCAUCUGGGCACAGCAGGUAUAAAGUCAUUAUCUUGAACCGGAAAGGUUUGGAGAAUUGGGAGUACGAAGUCAAGACUGAAGAGGCGAUUCAGCUAUCGGAAGAGUACGUGAUAGUACAGAAGGAGGACGAGAGCACCGGGGAGGAGCAGAUUUAUGGAAUUUGGAUUUUCGAGGAGAAGGGUGGGAAUACACGAGAUGUGGUGGGGAACGCAAUCUUGAGCUGCGCAAGGGAGGUUGAAGCAAUGGCCGAGCAAGAGGACUUAGAGGAAGCAUACGAAGACCAGGUGACUUACGAGGAGCAACAGUAUCUGGACCAGCAAGGGAAUGGACUGCAUGCUGCACAACAACAAUGGCAGGGAGAGGACACGCCUACUUUCACGCACCAAGACCCACACCAAUAUCAGCAGCCUCAGCACCAGCAUCAGCAGAUAUACGAGACACAUAAGCCGCAGCAACAGGCACAACAACAAGCACAGCAACCACAAGGACAAUCAAUCGACCUUGCAACGCUCUUCGGCAAGCCUGCAGCAGCUGCAGCUCCAGCUCCAGUUUUGCAACCCCCGCCCACCGAAGUUAAUAUCGGCGGAACAGUCUUCACAAGCAACCCCUUUGCAGAAGAAAGAUUCGCAGCUGCAACUUCAACAGCCAGCCACAACAAUGCUGCCUCUCGCUUCCCGUCAAGCGCAGAUACGAAUUUCUUCCGAGACGCGGGAUCACCAGCACGAGUACAGCCACAAUAUCAAAAUCAGCAGCAACCUCAGGCAACAGCACAACAAAAUACUUUGUUGGAUCUUUUCAAGAACGCGAAGAGGGCUUGAAGAAAGUUCUUUUUGACGACUCUUGUCUUGAUGGUCAGAGCGUACUAUCAUUUCUUGGUUACGUUGGGCCUUGCGUAGGAGAGUCACCACGGUAGAUGGCAGGAGAGAUACCCAUAAGGACGGCACUUCCUUUUAUGUAGCUGAGCAGGAGCUACAUUUGGACCUGUAGUAUUAUUUGGAGCAUCGUUGGACCUCUGCAUCCAUCAAGACGUUCAAGUCCUUUCUCUGGUUCUUCAGCCUGCCAGUGUGUUGGCUGGGGCCCUGGUGAGUGGAUGCGACACCGCGGGCUGAAAGGUCGCCAAGCGCCAUGGGCGCAGAUCAUGCUUCAGCGGCAGGGGCGAUGAGAAACAGCGUCCCGCUUCGCCUCUGACCCUGGCAGAGAUACAGACAGCUCAAGAGAAACGAAGACCUGAAUCGAAGGAGCGCCCUGGUGAGGUCGAAAUUGACAUUGGGGCUACCUCCGAAGCAGUCAUGCUGUGUAACAAGUGCAAGCGAUGCAGGAAUUGGCUGCACCUUCAGUCCUCGCUUGCAAGCAGGAAGGAGCUGAGCUUCAGCCGUGAAC